AAUUCAGUUUCUCGCUAUUUGUCAACCACUCUCGACGACCGAAGUACAUUCCCUUCGUCACUGAUGUUUUUCCUAGCUGUUUCCACGAGAUUCGAUCGGUGUGGCUCUAGUUUUUAAUUAUAAUCGUUUUUUUUUUUUUUUUAUUCGUCGUUAUAAUAGACAUUCGUAUCAAAUUAUCACCGAUACGUUGAAAUCGCUGUUCUGUCAUUGUUCCGAAAUCGCUUUUCGAGUGCUACGGACUCGGCAAACCUCACCACGCUGAACGAGCCAAAAAUCCGAGAUGACGAACAUAGUGAGAACGAUAAUAAGUAGCUACAAUGAUCUCAUGGAAAAUAGAAGUGAUCCGAGGGUUAAAGACUGGUUUAUGAUGAGCAGCCCUUUCCCAACGUUGUUCAUAUGCCUGUGCUAUGCGUAUUUGGUUAAGAGACUUGGACCUAGACUCAUGGCGAACAGAAAACCUUUUGUUCUCAGACGAACAAUUUUAGUUUACAAUUUAAUUCAAGUUUGCCUUUCAAUAUAUUUAUUCAACGAGAGUUUGGCAUCCGGUUGGGGAGGAAAGUACUCGUUCAGGUGUCAACCGAUCGACUACUCAGAGUCUCCGGACGCCCUCAGAAUGGCAAGGGGAUGUUGGUUAUACUACAUGUCGAAAUUCAUUGAGCUCGCUGAUACGGUAUUCUUCGUGCUUAGAAAAAAGAACAAUCAAAUAUCUACGCUGCACGUUAUUCAUCACGGUGUGAUGCCGUUGUCCGUUUGGUUCGGUGUUAAAUUCACUCCAGGUGGUCACAGUUCGUUCUUCGGUAUGCUGAAUGUCUUCGUGCACAUAUGGAUGUACGCUUAUUACUUUCUGGCGGCGCUUGGACCCUUGGUACAGCGUUAUCUUUGGUGGAAAAAGUAUUUGACAGCAUUGCAAAUCGUUCAAUUCGUCCUCGUGAUGAUUCACUCGGGACAGCUGUUGUUCAUCGACUGCGAUUAUCCGAAGGCGUUCGUCUGGUGGAUCGGAAUGCACGCGUGUCUCUUCUUUUUCUUGUUCAGAUCGUUUUACAUGGAAGCUUAUGUGAAAAAGAGUGCAAAACGAAAAGACGCCGAGCUUGAAUUGGCAAAGCACAAGGAAGCGGUUGAUAAAUUACAACAAAAGCGGCUUGAAAAUGGAAAAUCUUCGAUUUAUGCCGACGAUUACAGAGUCGCGACGGGAUACAUAUCGGACGAGGGGUUGAGAAAUCGAGUUUACAUCGACAAAAAUCGUAGCUCCGACGAUUCAUGAAAAAAAAAACGUUAAAAAUAAACCAUCAAACUCAUACACAAUAAUGGCCUCUGAUCGAUUAUUUUCACGUGUGCAUAUUACGACGCCAUUCUGUUGCUGCGAUAAUUCAUCUCAGAAAAAUCAUUCCAAUAGUCAUGCAACUCUUUGCACGAGUCUAUCCGUGAUUCAUGUAACUUGGCAUUUGGCAUACAACUAUUUCACCAAAUGUUCUCGAGGAUUAUUCGAAAGCAUCAAGCAACGGUAUGUCAACAUUGUCACGAGCAAUUUUUUAUAGUUUUUUUUUGUUGUUCCAUCACACUAGUUCAUUUGUUCACGUUAUCGAUAACGGUUUGUUUGAGAGUUACUAUUUUUAGCCAACUCAGCAUUCGACACGUCCCUAUACUUCAUAGUCACUGACAAUAACUUUGCAGUAACGGAAUGGUUAUUAAUUUAUUUUUCAACUUAUGUUUCGUAGUUGAUUAUUGAGCACAUCGAUCUCUACACUUUCAGAAUAUAUAAUAUUACGUGAAAAGCCUUCCACAUAUAACGAGCGCGUAAGAUCAUUUUAUUUCGAUGUGAUACCAAAGAUAUUGACUGACUUGAUAAAAGCCUCGAUGGGGGGGGGGGGGAGAUAAAAAGACGAAUCCUCAGUUUCAUGUUUAUAGCAAUUUAGAUCUUACUAUUUUGGCUUCCGGGCGUGAAUAUCGCGUUACGGAAGAUCGAGGGCUCGGUGUGUGCAAUAAGUGAUUAUAGUCAUACCUUCAUUCAUCGCUUUGAGAAAUAAAUCAACAAUUAAUAUGACACAGGAACAAGGUAGAAUCAUUUUGCUCGCUCAAAUCGUUCUUUUGUAACAACAUGCCGACAAAUGCCGUCUUAUAGACAGACUGCGUUCAAAUCCAACGUAUUCAUUCCCCUUAAAAUUCGUCAUAAUAUCGUAUAACGGUAUUGAAUAUCACAAUCGCAAUCAAUCGCAAAGGAAUACAUUCUUUCGUCACCGGAUUAUCGUGAAAAACGCUUUUGUGGCUUUACGUAACGAGAUUAUCGUUCGGGUCCGCGUGGAAAAAUAAUGAAUUAUUUAUUCAAUUCCGCCAUCAAGAGUGUGCUCUCUAAGAGAAGCUCAAAUACAAAGCUGUCUGCGAAUAAUGUGGCAACUUGCACACAGCGAGAAGCCGAACUACUAGGUCUCAUUUUUCGUAGAUUUUCUUAGUUUUUUCCCUACCACGUAGGUAUUAAUUUUAUUACUUCAAUAAAUAAUCACUCGAUUUCUGUAAACGGGUAAUUUAUCGCAUAAAAUAAAUUUUUAGCAAUUAGUAUUGCUCGCUGUAUAAGUUAAAUUGCGUAUAUAAAAAUCAUCAAAUAUACUUCGUAUUAUAAUAAAAUUAGCGGCUAAUUAACUGAUCGGUAAGACAGGCGAUCGUAUAAGUGAAUAAUUAUGAUAAUAAAUGAUAUCACGAAUCUGAA